UGACCCGUACCCAAUAACAGCGUGGAGUUAGAAGUGUAAUGGCAGCUAAAGCUUAUGUCGUGGCUAUGACCGUCUCUGAGCUCAAGGAGGAGCUCAAGCAGAGAGGCCUGAGCACCAAGGGGACCAAGAAGGAUCUGAGAGAUCGCCUGGAGCAGGCUCUGUACGAUGAAGAGCUGGACGACCCUGAAUCAGAAGCUGAGUCUGAUAGUGGCCCCGGUGUGUAUAGCAUGGGAAUGGCUGCCGGAGGCUUCAACUUUGAGGUACCUCCCGAGAGCUUCAUUGCCGAGGAGGACAUACUUGCUGAAUACGAUGAAUCAGAGUCAAUGAUUGUAUCAGUUCAGCUCAGUAAUCGAGAUCGACUAGAGGUGCAUCCGUGUGGCAAUGCGUCUAGUCGAAUGGCCGUAGGUGUGGGAGAUCGUACGAUUGGCGAUGGGAGUUUGAGUCCAAUGAUAGUAGCCAUUGAGCUGGGGAACAACUCGGCAGAGGAGGCGUUGGGAGGUGUGGCUGAUCGUCAGUUAGACAGAGCUCUUGAUCCUGUGAGAGUGUUGGAGGAUGUCGUUGCCGAGAAGGGAGGACAGACGGCAGGGGUCAAUGGCACUGUCCCAACGUCCAAUCAGAUUGAUGCAACACAGUCGAAUGUUAAACCAACAUCUCAGGGUGGUCCUGCGGAGUCAGCAGCUAAACAAUCAGCUGUCAUCACUCAACCAGAGCCCUCGAUGGAAGUCAACCCUGUCCAACAAGGUGCUGAGGAGGUGCCUGCUACAGAGGAGCCUCUAACACGUGUUGAGCAGCCGACAGACGAACCAAAUGGUGUUAUAGACACUUCCUCAUCGCCUGAUGAUGGUGUUGCAAAAGAAGAUCCAUUGUCACCAGUGACCACUGCGCCACCGUCUGAUGAUCCCGCUAUCCCUAUAGAUUAUGUGAUGACAGAGAGGACUGUUGAACAGCCACUCGUUAGCCAAAGGGCUACUGGCAUGUUGGAUGAUGGCAUGCUAUCGAAGGCAGCGGCGAAAUAUACUAGGGAACUAGUGAUGAAACAAGCUGAUGUGGAGGAGCUAAAACACGAAGAUGCACCAAUUAACGUGACAUCUGCUCUAGAGGAGGCAGAAAAUAACGACACAGAGUCACAAGCACCUAGCAAUAAACUUGAACUCACAAUCGAAGCACAAAAAUAUACCACCGCUGACACAGAAAUCACUGAAGAUGCCGCCAAAAAAGAAAUGGAAAUCACACCAACUGAGGAAGCACCAAAAAAUAACACACAAAUCACACCAACUGAGGAGGCAGCAAAAGAUGACACACAAGUCACACCAACUGAGGAGGCAGCAAAAGAUGACACAAAAAUCACACCGACUGAGGAUGCAGCCAAUGGCAAAACAGAAACCACCGAGGAGGCAGCAAGAAAUGUAACUGACUCUACAGUGAAUAAUGCACCAAAAGUCGAAGAAAUGGAUGUUGAUAUGAUGGAGGAGGCAACAAAAGAUGAGCCUGUUUGUGAAAACAUUGCACCAAAAGAAGAUUAUAUGGAGGCAUCAAAAGACGAAACUAAAGCCAUAACAAUGACUGAGGAGGCAACAAAAGAUGAAACUGAAAUCACAGCGACUGAAGAGGCAACAAAAGAUGAAACUGAAGCCACAGCGGUUGAGGAGGCUACAAAAGACGAAACUGAAGCCACAGCGACUGAGGAGGCAACAAACGACGAAACUGAAGCCAUAAUGACAGAUUCUGAAACUACAGCGACUGAGGAGGCUACAAAAGGCGAAACUGAAGCCACAGUGACUGAGGAGGCUACAAAGGACGAAACUGAAGUCACAGCUACUGAGGAGGCAACAAAAGACGAAACUGAAGCCAUAAUGACAUCUACGGUGACAGAACAAUCUGAAACCACAGUGACUGAGGAAGCAGCAAAGGAGGAAAGUGAGGCUGUCCCAAUGGAAACGUCUCAGAUGGAUAUGGAGUUUUCGGUACAUGUCGAGGAAGAUGAUUUCAGUGAGUUCCCUAAUGACAGCAACUCUGUAGCAAAGAAGAAGUCACAUGACCAAACUAGAAGAGCACAGAAUAAAGUAUCACAUGACCAGGCGAUAAAAGGGAAGAGGAGCAGACAAGGCAGCAGAUCAGAUUCUGACUCGUCCACUGUCAAGAAACGUCGUAUUUCAACAAGCACUCCCUCAGCUGCGACCACGCCCAUUGACCGUAAGAGGAAGUGGGGCUCUGGACGGCAACGCAGCAGCAGUGGGUCAACCCCUGCAAUCAAUUCUGAUCUCAUUCAGGACAUGAUACCAGCUGAAGUUAGCCAGCUAGUGGAACUGGGUCAGUUGGAUUAUGACGAGACGGAGGUUGUUGAGAGUGUGGAGGAAGCUUGCCCUGACACGAAGGAGAAAGAAGAAGAGCAACGUAGAGAGGAGCAACGUGCUCUCAAAGAGAUGGAGACUAGACAACGAAUAGAAACUCGUCUCAAAGCCAAGAGAGAGGCAGAGCUUGCUGCCAAGCAACAGCAGCGUAGACGUACCCCACCUCCUUCUAAACAGGCCCCUAGUCGUAUCCUUCAUGUGGAGGGUCUCACUCGACCGUUCACCAAGGAGGAGUUGAGAGAGCUACUGAGCCAGGACGGGACACUGCUGCAAGAGGCCUUCUGGAUAGACAAGAUACGCUCACACUGCAUUGCUGUGUAUGACACCAAGGACAUUGCCAUGGCAACUAGGGAGCGUGUCCACGGGAUUAAAUGGCCGACUACUAGCCCCAAGUACCUGUGUGCUGACUUCUUGUCCCCUGGAGAGGUGGGGGGAAUCACUGGAGGACAGCUGCUCAUUCAGGAAGAAACUAACUCAGAGCAAGAGGGCAAGAUUGCUGCUGUGGGGUUGUCAUCACCCCCUGCUGUAGACCCACCUGUUGUUAUGGAUACAGUAGAGAAUGCCCCCUCGGUUAAACCAACUCUGCUGUUGGAUGAGCUGUUCAAGAAGACCAAAGCUUCUCCCUCCAUCUACUGGCUGCCUCUCACUGAGUUACAGGUGGCUGAGCGUGUGGCCGCUGAGGAGGAGAGGGAACGGGAGAGGGAGGCCCGUCGGGCUACAUGGAUGGCCCAACGCAAGCAAGAGGAACAACAGAGGGUCACAGGUCGUGGACAGAGGGAGAAACGAAAUAGACAUUCUCGUAGUCGUAGUAGGGACAGACGUCGACGGUAGCCAUAGCAACCAAUCAGUAUACAAUUUUUGUGUACCUCUUCCCCUCUUUUAUAAAUAUCGUCUAUUUAACUGAAAUAUUCAAAAAAAAUAUUGAAGUGAUAGAAAUUUUACCUAGAAAUUGA